AUGCAACGACCAAGCACAAUGAUUCCGUCAGUCGUAACACUGAUCAUUGUGUAUUUCUUGCAACCGUUCAAAGCUGUACCAGUUAUGCAGGCCAAAACUGGUGCCUUGAAAACUCCGACGGUAUUUGCUACUUUUGACUUACCGGACAAAACGAAGAGUUCGCUCACUGGUCAGCACGAUCUAGGUCCGAUGGAUGUGAACAGGUACCCGUUAGUAGUCCCGGCAUCCAGCAGUUCUGUCGUACCACAAACGGGCAAUUUCGAGAUGCAAACAAUACCAAAUGAAGAGGAAUUGUGGCCACAAUCGAUUUCUUCAAGAACUGGUGGAAUGUCAGAUUCGGUUGAAGUGACUGACUAUGAUCGGGAUCAGUUACGCAAUCCUUGGGAAGACGACAACACAUUCUCAGCUCACUUGGAUGAUGUUGAACCCAUUCUACCGUCAUCGAUUUUCAUGGAAUAG